AUGCAUCUUCAACAUCUUCUCGCUUCCAUGGCCCUGACUAUCCCAUUCGUUAAGGCUAGCUCUGACUCCCUUGGUUGUUUUUCCAAGGUCGCAGGCUUGACGGAUCUCGAACAAUACACCUACCAAUCGCAUGGAGCCUGUAUCGAGGAAUGUGAGAAGGGUGGCUAUGCGUUCGCUGCUUUGAAGGACGGCAUCACAUGUGGUUGCACUAACACCACACCCGCCUUAUCUGCUCAGAUUGCCGAUGAUAACUGCGAUCAGUACUGCGCUGGCUAUCCUAUGGAUUAUUGUGGUGGUGUUAACGUCUACACUGUCCUACCAACCGAAUUCUACGCCGAUGCAAGUGGCGAUGACUCGGACUCUGAUGAUGCGACUCAGACUGCCUCCUUGCACACAACAGACGGUGGUAUCUUCGUCGCUGCUACCCCCAACCCAUCGCCUGUUGCCACCACUAUCCAGACCGCAGCUUCGAAGGUUAUCACUGCCCUUCCCUCCGCUUCAAAGUCUAGCAUCGCCUCAGCUGCUAUCACUACUGCUAGCUCAUCCUCUUCGCCGUCUGCUACUCCCAACGCUGCGGAUUCUCUUCGCGUGGGUCCUGUUGCUGGUGUUCUUCUCGCCGGACUUGGUCUCCUGCUUUAA